GGUCGUUCAAUGAGUUUAACCAUACAUGAGAAUGAAUGCCGAGAUUUGUACAGUUGACAGCUACCCUCGAGUAUGUCUGCAAGCGUGGACGGAGUAAGUGACAUUAUUGGGACGUGUUUUUGCAGUAUAACCGUCGGAUGUACCUGCAAGUGAUUGGUAGCGUUGUCAGGAGUUGAGCAUGGGGACCUUCAUGGAUGUCACAUACAGCUAUGUCUACUCUCUGUGUCAGUAUUUCAAGGGAGCCUGGCCUCUCAGUCUCAUAUAUGGCCAGAAUCUUAAGAAGCCGUCGCAGGAUACAACAGGAAAGAUCUACCAAGCCUUGGAUCUCCUGAUAAACAGUGCAGACUCAAGGACUUUGAAACAGGUCCAUAGUCUGAUAGAGUCACUGCCUGAAGAUGAGGAUCUUCUGUGUGUGGUUGAUCCUGUUGAUGGAUUUGACAUCCUGCAGCAUGCUGUGAUCAAGCGUCUCAAGGGCUUGGUGAUGCUGCUACUUUGGAAGCAGCACUGUCCCAACCGGUACUCUUGUAGUCCACCGUUACACAUAGCAGCUUUCUUGGGACACAUAAGUAUCAUUGAAAUACUGCUGAAGUCAGGAGAAGCUCCUGCAGAUGUUGUUGGGAUGUGCUAUCCUGAUUCCCAUCAGCCAACUGGACAUCAGAACUUUUUGUUUGGCUUUACACAAGUGCCAAUUUACAACUGCCAGAGAAACAAGCAUAGUGCUAUUGAGUGUGCCAUUAGUCAAAAUCAUGUUGAAUGCUUGGACCUUAUGUUAAAUUUUGUCAAAGGUAAGUCAAAGGCUGCUUCAGUUUCCCCAGUGAAUAUGAUGCACUUUGCUUGCAAAGAAGGGGCAGCUGGUUGUAUUUCUUACUUCUUGAAGCAUUACCCACAGUGCAUUAAUGAGUACAAUGGUGACGGAGACACCCCAUUGCUGACAGCUGUUCCCUGGGGUAGAGAGUGUGUGAAGAUACUUGUGGACAGUGGAGCAGACUUGCAUCUGGUGUCAAAAAAAGAUCAAGAAACAGCAUUGCACAGACUGUACAGGAUGAACAUUGAUGGUCUGUUUUCAAUCCAUGAUACAACAAAAUAUCUUCUUACCACUGGAAUUGAACAGGACAUCAAUGCUUUGACAACACUUGGCGAGACAGCCCUCCACAUGCUAGUCUCCCACAUCUCCUACACUGGAGGGAAUUAUGUGAAACAAAGUCUAAGGAAAGUGCCCAGAAGCUUCUUGCAGGAGAACUAUCAGCAGCAGGUUGUGAACAGUUUGAAGACCCUUCUCUCCUUUAAUGCAGAUCCAGCAAUGUUAAAUGGGUAUGGUCUUCAGGCGCUGAGCAGGAUGCUCCACAUUGCCCUGAAAUCCUGUAACCCUGACAACCCAUGUCCUUGUGUUCAGACAUCCAUAUUUACCUACUUAAUCAAAGACUACAGGAACAACUACUGGUCUCUGGGCCAAGCCAUGAAAAUACUGUUCCAGCACAAUGCAAAUCCUAACUUUCAGUGUCAGUUUGGUCAUAGUCCUCUUGUGCUGCUUUUGAACUGUCUCCUUUGUGAUUCUGUUGAGGAACUCAUAGCUCAAGCAGAUGAUGUUAUUGGGGCAUUUGAGGUGCUACUUGUGAAUGGUGCACAGCUGAACUUUGUUGCAGGGAACCAGGGUACAUGUGCAACGUUGAUAGCCAUGGUGUGCCAGAAGUACUUUAGUCUCGAGGAUGACGCUCAGUACGAUACCACACAGUUGGAUGACAAAGUAAACGAACAUGGGCCUACAAAAUUUCUGUAUGCCAAACUUGCGGACCGGGUUUUGUGUCUUCUCUUGAAGUAUGGUUUAAAUGCAAAUCAUAAGAGCUCAAGGACAUGCCCUUAUCCCAAGGGAGGUAGUGGAAAUGCUCUUAUUGAAUUUGUGAGAUUAACAAUGUUGGCUAAGACAACCAAAGAUUUCUGUGUGAUUCAUAUGUGGCUGAAGACACUUUUCCAGUGGGGGGCCAACCCAGACAUCGAACCGUAUCCCUCCGAGCCAAUUAUCUGUCACUCGCAAAGCUCAAUCUUUUUAAAGAAGCAAGGGACACAGCCAGUGAACCACUACAUUCAUGAAGUGAAGGAGAGAGAGUCCAUGUUUACUGAUGGUCGGGCCCAGGAGCUGCUGCUCCUCUUCUACAACACCAUGGAACAUGCCAUCCUCUAUGAGUGCCUCAAUGCUGCCAAGACCAUGGCCAGGUACCACCCAGUAGAUGUCAAUGGCCGUGACUUUUUGAGUCUCCUCAACCAGUUGUCAGAAAAUCCUCGGAGUCUGAAGCAGAUUGCGAGAGUUCAGAUAUACAAAGCAUUGGAUAGGCAGUUAGCUGUCAAAGUGGAUGAGCUGCCUGUCCCAAGGCUGCUGAAGACAUACCUUUUGGACAUUCAGUAGCUUCAGUUUGCUGUUUUCGGUUGCUGUGCUGUUUGUGUUAGUACACUGACCGUUGAUGAUGCUAGUCCAUUCAGUUUACAGAGAACUGAUAGUCAUCAAACACAAACAUAGUAAACCCUGUGUGUGAGAGACUGUUUAGUUGGGCACUUGAGUAUUUUCAUUGUUAUUGGUUGUAGUGGAAACAUGUAAAUAUCGGAGAACCAAAGACAGAUUAUGUUUACCGUCAGCAUUGUAAUGGUUUUGUCAGCAUUCUAGUGUUUAUGUCACCUUGAUUACCUAUUCAUGUUUCUACGUUAUCAGUGUAAACAUCCAACAAGUACUCAAAUCAACUUGUUUGAGUGGCACUAAGUACUCAAAUCAAAAUCAACUUGCACAUCAUGUCAUUCUGUUAUUCCUGCCCCAGCAAUAACCUUGUACUCUAGCGUUGUACAAAUCAGGCCCUGUUUGAUGAAGUUACCCUUCAUCCUGAGUCAGAAUUUGCUCGCCAUGCCGAAGACCCGGGUUCGAUUCCCCACAUAGGUACAAUGCAUGAAGCCUGUUUCUGGUCUUCCCCGCUGUGAUAUUGCUGGAAUAUUGCUAAAAGCGGUGUAAAGCCAUACUCACUAACUCACUCACUCACUCAUCCCGAUUCAGUGUCUGAGUAGCACUGAUCAUAUUAGUGCUAUAUUUGCUUAGUAGACUGGGGUCUUCUUACUUCCACAUACUGAACUAAGUACUUAGACUAUCUUAAACUGAUGCUAAGGUGUAGUCAUCAUGAUCAUCUAAGCCAAUUGUGGAGUGGAGCCCUGUUCUUGUUUCAAUAUAAUUUCUGCCUUUAAACAAAUCUUCAGAAUGAUCUGGGGCGGUGGGGUAGCCUGGUGGUUAAAGCGUUUGUUCGUUCGUCACGCCGAAGACCCUGGUUCGAUUCGCCACAUGGGUACAAUGUGUGAAGUCCAUUUCUGGUGUCCCCUGCCGUGAUAUUGCUGGAAUAUUGCUAAAUGCGGAGUAAAACUAAACUCACUCACUCACUCACUUCAUAAUGAUCCAGAAGCAUGAAACAGCUAUCUUGUUUGGUUUAGUAGAAAAGUCUCUAAAUAAUGUUGAAUGAUGCAUGUGAAGGACUUUCUUUGAUUAUGAGAAAGUAUAGAAUAACUGCUGUUAUCAUCAGGAUGUAGAGAAAUGAAACAACUCAGUGUAUAUGAGUGAUGUGAUACCAUGCUGGUGAUAAACAUUUAGAUUCAUUAAUACAGUAUUAGAUACACCAUAUAUACACGGUCCUAUUCUACUGUCACUAUAUGUUUUUAUUCUACUCUCCCUCAUUAGAUAUAAACAGGCCGAGGGUUGGAGUUUUAACUUCUAUGUGGCUAUCAUGGUAGGGUUUACAAAAUUAUUAUAAUUAAUAAUAAUAAUAAUUAGUAAAAUAAUUAGUCCAUUAAUAUUGCGCUAAAUCCACACCGACAGCAUGCUCAUAGUGCAGGAUUAUUAUUAUCCCGGAUAACCCAAGCUGCCUGUAAGGUGCUAGAAGGUUAAUAGUGACAUGACUUAUCCCACCGGGUACCCAUUUUAUAAAUGAAGUGAUUAUAAAAUAUUGUAACAUUUGAAAAUCAUGGAAAAAGCAUAAAAUAGAUUCACAUUGCCAGUACUUGAUUUUCUAUGCAGUAGUUCAUCCAUUAGAGGGGUGGUGAGGUAGCCUAGUGGUUAAAGCGUUAGCUCAUUACGCCGAAGACCCGGGUUCAAUUCUUCCAAUGGGUACAAUGUCUGAAGCCCAUUUCUGGUAUCCCCGCCAUGAUAUUGCUGGAAUAUUGCUAAAUCUACUGAGAUAAAACUAAACUCACUCCUCUCACUUCAUAAUGAUC